AUGGCACAGGUUGUUUGGGCACUCUCAGAGGAGACCAUGGUCGAGAAGUUAACCACCAACAGAGAGACCAAUGCGAGACAAUGGAUGUUUGAUCUCAUGGAGUCACUACCGCAUGAUCAGUUCACUAGGGUUGCUGUAACCCUCUGGGCAAUCUGGACGGCACGGAGAAAAGCGAUCCAUGAAGAUAUAUUCCAGUCUCCAUUGUCGACCUUUGGUUUCAUUAACUCGUUUCUAUCUGAGUUGCAGUCAUUAGCAAAGCCUUCUCCUCAUGUUGUCAAACCAAGGGUUCAAGCACAAGGACAGACUAGGCUGAGGCGUACUCAAGCCUGGAUUCCACCACCUAGUGGUAUGGCAAAAAUUAACGUUGAUGCUGCUAUUUCUCGGGCUGGAGAUAAGGGAGCAGCUGGGGCUAUCUGCCGUGACAGUAAUGGAAAUUACCUGGGUUCCUCUGUGCUUAUCAUUAAGGGUUUUACCGAUCCUGCAAGCCUUGAAGCAAUUGCUUGUAGAGAGGCGUUAGCACUGGCGGAGGAUCUAGCCUUGCAGAGAGUCUACAUUGCAUCAGACUGCAGGAAUGUCGUGGAGGAUUUGAGAGAAGGAACUAUGGGAAAGUACAGCUCUAUCACAAGAGAGAUUGCAGGGAGAUCUUCUUCUCUUCAGGAUUGCAUAUUCGCUCAUGAGGGAAGAUCAUCAAAUUAUGAAGCACACAACCUAGCCAAGUAUUCUGUAUCGCUUGAUGUUGGUCGCCAGCUUUGGCUUGAUGUACCAAACUUUGAUUCCAUUCCUACGGUGUACGAGGCCGUCGGGUGCAAGUUCGUGUUGUAUGACACGGGCCGUUCGGGUGCCUAG